AUGUUUGUAAAAAGUACAAAGUGGUUCAAAGGCGAACUGAGUUAUGCUAUUGCAGAAGACGUACUGUUGGGAUCGUGGCCAAAUGGCACAUAUAUAAAUCCCACUGGGGCAUUUCUUGUUCGAAAAGACGACUUUCGGGUGGCACGCUUUGUACUGUCGGUCAAAUUUGGUGAUGUCGUUAAACAUUUUAAUAUUCUUGUUGAUAGAGCUGGUUAUUAUUUUCUGUGGAUUGUAAAGUUUGAUUCUGUACACCAGUUGAUAGAUUAUUAUCGGACGUCUUCCGUCAGCCGAUCACAAACAGUAUAUUUGAAAGAUAUGGCAAAAAUAUGCCAGCAGCAACUACAAGACCUCUUACAACUACCAAACUAUCAGAAAGGGGUAGUAGCAUUGUACGACUUUCAGCCUCGAGAAUGUGAUGAACUGCUAGUAAAAAAGGGAGAUGUGAUCACUGUUACAUAUUACGAAGAUUCAAACUGGUGGGAAGGAAGGAACUCUCGAACAAAUCAUAAAGGAUUUUUUCCUUCAGCUUAUGUCAGAACAUAUAACAGUACAAAAUAAAAAGCUGUACUUAAAAGAAGUAAUGUUGACAGUUGGGGUUAAAGAGAACGUGCUUAGAAAAAAAAGCGCAUCAACUACACGCUCUUUUGCAAUAAAUCGAGAAACGAAUAACUCCUACUCAGAAUGAUUUGGUGACUCAAUAGAGUCCUCUAAUUGUCGAUGCUUAAGUAAGUUCAUAUGUACAGAUUGACGUUGUAUGCGUUAUGUAGUACAAAUAUAUACAAAUGUAACUGUCGCAAUAUUUGUAUGCUUUUAAAAUAAACAAUGUUUACUGAACAAUACGAAAGACCGUUAUAAUAUUUGCUGGACUAGUUCGUGAUGCUACACUGUAUAAUCUGAUGUCAAUAAACUAUUGUAAAACAAUGAUGCUUCUCUAAAUAUCAUUGUAAAGGUAGCACAGGUUAGCAUUUGCAUUUGUCGAUGAUUUCUGCUGGAAACAAUUAUAAUACCGGUAUUUUGAUACUUGAACGAAGAUUAAUUACUAUUGCGAUGCCUGGAUAUUUUUCAGCAUUCGGCAGGAAUAAAUAAUCAGAGGAUGUUUAUGAAUUAAACAUACCUUACCUAGGUUUAACAUGCCACAUUUUCAGUUACAAAUCUCAUGUAGUAGUCUUCAUGGCUUAUGUAUGACACAUGCGUUAGUAUUGCAAAGCAUCCUAUCAGUCAUUUUCUACAGCGUACAAAAUUGAAAAGAAACUUAUUACAAAACAUACGUUACUUAGCACAUUAAGUGACACUGAACUAGGAUAGUGAGCGGGUUUUGCUAUGCUGUGACAGCUUCAUGGCAGUGGCUUUUAUAUUUAAACUGAAAAUGUGGCAUGUUAAACCUAGGAAUACAAUUAUAACACAUAAUACAAAAUAGUACUUGUAUUUAGUUUUAUAAAAUGCAGAGCACUUGGUUGAAAUCCUUGAUACAACAUUAUCUUUAUAUAUAUAUAUAUAUUCAUUAUACUUGAUAUAUCAUUAUCUUUGCCCCUGAUAUGUUGAUUAUCAAAGAUGUACUCUUAGAGUAAAAGACUCUACUCAACAAUCGCUGAUAUUU